AUGUCGGCUUUGUCAGAGUCAAUAAAUGGUGAUGGAGGCGCUUCCGUGGAUCCAACAAUGCAAAUCGACAUCGCCGAUCAAGCGCUUAGCCCCGAACUCCUUCAACGUUUAAUCGCCUUUUGCAGGAAGAACAAUUUACAGCAAACCGAGGAAGCACUGGCAAGAGAGGCCGGUCUAACACAAGGAAAUGCACCUGGUGGCCUCAUUCAAAAUGAGAAAAUCAUGGCCGAUUUUGCGUCGUUUUUAAACAACAUUGAAGGAGCUUACGAUGUGCUUCAGGCUGAACUUUCUCUGCUUUUGUUCCCGGUUUUUGCACACUCCUAUUUGAAGCUCCUUUUCGAUGUUUCACCGUCAAUGGCUCGAACGUUUUACGAAAGAUUUCAUCUGCGUAUUCCACGGGCCUACGAGGAGCAAGUGAUUGAACUUUCUCGCUGCACUUUCCCCGAAAUUGCAAAGGAUAAUGAGCUAGUGCAAUUAUUAAAAUCACAGCACUUUACUAUUCGAAUUUCGAAGACUUGCAACGCUCAACUGGAUCAAUUCAUUCAACGGAACGCCACUUUACGCACUAUCAUGAAGGAAAGGAUUAUGGUUGAAAAUACGGACCUCCUAUCGAAAAAUCGUCUAGCAGUUGAAUGGCAAAUGGGUGGUUUACUUGGCCAUCCGUCACUUAAGGAACAGAAAAAGCAUAAGGUGCUUUAUGCGGUGGCUCGGGAGGAUAGUCCCUACGUCGAUAAGCGCAAAUUGAAAACUAAAGAAUCAAAAGACAAAAAGCGAGAACAAAUGGUGCCAACAGCUGACCGGAUUCCUUUGCCAUUGAGCGAUGUUUUGAGAUUGGAACGAGUACAAAUGCAAAAGGAAGCAAGUACCAGGAUGACUUAUGUGAAUGCCGAUCACCCACCAUCAAUUUGUUGCUUUACUGCGCUGAAUGCUGGAAGUGGUGUAUCUUCGUGUGAUGUCUCGGAUGAUACGUCCAUUAUUGCUCUUGGAAUGGGUGAUUCGGUCAUUUCUCUCUACGCAGUCGACGAAACAAAGCAAUUAAAACAACUGAAAGAGGCCGAUGAGCUUGACAAAAUUGACUUGGAGACUGAGCCAGAACUACUUCGAGAUUUGAUCUAUGAUGAUGCAAGUGCUUGUAAAACCCGAACACUAGGGGGGCAUUCGGGACCGGUUUACUCACUGAAUUUCGAUCCAUGUAAACGAUUGCUGAUCUCUUCAGCAGCUGACUCAACGAUUAGACUUUGGAGUGUUGAUACUUUUAGAAAUGUUGUCGUUCAUCGCCUGAGUCGGCCGGUUUGGGAUGUGAAAUUCUGCUCUCGUGGUUUCUACUUUUGCACGGGUGGAGCUGAUCGAACGGCCACCGUUUGGUCAACGGAUCGAGUGCAUCCAUUGAGAAUAUUCCCUGAUUGUUACGGACACGUGACUUGUGUUGACUAUCAUCCAAAUUGCAAUUACAUAGCCGGAGGCAGCGAUGAUAGAUACGUCCGUUUAUGGGAUGUGCUUUCUGGUGCUUGCGUCCGUACGUUUAGUGGGCACAAGACGGGUAUUCGCGGAAUUAAGGUAUCACCUUGCGGAAGAUAUAUUGUGUCGAUUGGCGGUGAUGGAGCGCUUUGUGUCUGGGAUAUUGCUACUCAACGAAUGAUUGCAGCAGAGACGAGAACAAUGCCCACAAUCAUGGCGUCAAUUCAGUUCACACGAGAAGGUGAUACUUUUGCUGUCUCUCAUGGAACCUCUUCGAUUACUCUCUACUCAUUAGAAGCUUUGAUUCGCAAUCAUGGACAUCAGGAUAAUUCGAUCUUUGAACCAAAAAUAAAUCCCGACGGUUUUCAAAUCUUCCACUAUCCGACAAAAACGACACCGGUGGUUGGACUCCAUUGGACGAGAAGAAAUCUCUUGCUUGGCAUUGGAUCAUUUAUGCAA